AUGACCUUAUUCAACGGUGUCCAGGGGCCUUUUGGGGCGGAGGCCGUUAACGAGCUGUCGGCGAGGACGUCGGCGCUCAGGAUCAAUGACCUGCCGGGAGAAAGGAAUGACAAGCGCGCAGCAACGGGGGUGAAACAGACCUCUGCAUCUGGCGUCCAAGGAAGUGGGAAAGAAGCAAUCAAGGAGUCUGAGGAGGAGGAUGGCUACCUCAGCGACGAUCCGGAUGAGUGUCAAGAUCCGGAUGUGGUCAGUGACAUUGCGUCUCAAGCGGGUUUCGCCAUCACGCUGCUCAUCCCGGCCAAGUGGGUCGUGAAGGUUCCGCGCAUGAUCGAUACGGUCCGCGGGCUUCUCCUGCUGUGGGAAGAGCACUUGACGGAGAAUGUGAAGGUUACAACAAGGUGUCACAAGCUUCUGCCGACGUGGCUCUCCAAGGAGCGUUUUGGCCAGGUUCAAGUGGUGUUCGUACAUGCAGCAGAUGCCAACUUUAUGUGGUGCAGGAAGGUGGAACAUGUGACGGUGCACAUUGUCCGCCUGACGCUCGGAUGGCAACACCCCAAAAAUCAGGAGUACCUGAAGGAGCGGUCGAAGAAGCCAGAUGCUAUCGAGGCGCUGCUGAAGAGUGUCCCUGCUGUUAUCACGCCAGAGAUGAUCCGGAAGAGCUUGGUGACUGCGACCCUGCUAAAGCACAAGCGCACGGCUUUCCUGGAGGGUUCGGCUUUCCACAGGGUGGUAGAUCCGGUUACAGGGUCGGACACGGAUAAGAUCAAGGGGUUGGUUUACCGACACCCUGGGGAUAAGUCGCUGCUGCCGCUGGCGAUCCAUCUCAUCUCUGUACCAUCUCCCCUCCAAGAAGCGGCCUCCCUAAAGCUGACCUCAGCUACAAAGGCCAUCAUGGACGAUCCGGCGAUGGUUUUCACAUCUACCAACGGCGCACGGGAGGAGUGGCUGUGUGUUCAGGAGGGGUGCGAGAAGGCGCACGGUGUCAGCUUCGCGAAGGCGGCGGAGCAUGCGGCCUUGGUUAUGCACUGCACCGAGCGUCUCAAGGCGGGCUCGGCGACACGUCAGAGCAAGGGGAAGAUGAAUCUCCUGGCGGUCAAGAAGGAGUUCGGGAUGUGA